AUGGCCACUCCUCUCUCCGAUUAUCCACCCAUACUGAAGCCUCUCGUUCCGUAUUUGCAGAGAGCUAACGAAUUUGAAAAGCGUGCACCUAUUGUAAGCUUUUAUUGUAGAACAUAUGCUGUUCAGUUGGGAAUUUCAAUUGUACAAUCUCAAGAUCAAUCCGAUGAUGAGGCGACUCAGAUAUUAACGGAUUUAAUGGAUCGGUUGGAACAAGACAAGGAACAAUUGAAUAUUGAAGCUCAGGAAUCUGAAGCAAAGGAUAUGGUGGAAAUGUUUGCUUUGAAGGUUUUCAAGAAGGCUGAUGAUGCCGAUCGAGAAGGCAGGCACGACACUCAAAUCGCAAAACUGUACUAUGCAGCAUCUAUUCUUAUUGAAGUCACCAAACAGUUUGGAGAUUUAUCAUCAAAUAUGGUAGAAAAGCAAAAGUAUGCCAAAUGGAGAGCAGCCGAAAUUCAAAAAUCAAUUCGUACUGGUCAACCAGUUCCUCCAGUCGAAGAUCAACAAGCAGAAGAUCAAGACGACCAAUUGCAAUAUUAUUCUAAUCAACAAAUUAAUCCAACAAGUAAUCAAAGUUCGGAAGAGGAUGAAGUAAACAGAUAUUUGCAAGAGCAGGAGAAUCAACUCGCAAAGGAAAGACAGCCAUCACCAAGCUAUGAUUGGAAUAGCUCAUCACAACAACAAACUCAAUUUAAUUAUCAACCGCAGCAACCAUCUCAGAAACAACAAAACGACUAUAUGAAUGUUUCACCAACAACAUCUUCCGAGGAAACUUCAUUCCAACAACCAAAGACAUUCAGUCAACUGCAACAACAAUUUUCAACACCGCCACCACCUUGGGGCAGUCAGCAGCAACCUAAACAGGAAACAUCAUUGAAUCCAUCACCAACAUUCAAUACUGCAUCAAGUAACAGCAUCCAACCUUCAUCGACAAGUCAACAAUUACCAAAGCCUACCAUUCAGCAACAAAGAACCACUGUAUCCCCUCCUUCAUUUUCUCAGCCUUCACACACCACACCACCACCUCCACAACAACACGUGACAAGCCAUAUAACAAGUACUGUCGGAGGAAGUAAGGAUAUACCUCUCGAUAACAUGAUGAAAGCACAAAAAUUAUGUAAAUUCGCCAUUAGUUCGCUACAAUUUGAAGACGUGGAAACUGCCAGAAAGAAUCUUAUCGAAGCUUUAAAUUUAAUUAGUUAA